AUGAAGAUAAGGAAUGCUCAAAAUACAAUUUAUGAAAUUGAAAAUGAGAAUGGUAAUCUGGUGGCAACUCAAGAAGAAAUUUCUGAGGUCAUUGUGCAGCAUUUUAAGUCAAAAUUUACUUUCAGUGAGCAAGGUGAUUUUAUAAAAGGUAAAACCAUUCAGGAGAAAAUAAUUUUAGCAUCUGAAAUGGUGAAAGAAAUGGAAACAACUAGAAGAGGUGGCAAUGUAGCUAUGAAGAUUAAUAUUUCUCAAACAUUUGAUUCUCUAAGUUGGGAAUCCAUUUUUGAAGCCAUGAAGAGAGUCGGAUUUUCUGACAGAAGUUUGUGUUGGUUGAAGAUUUUAUUCUCAUCUGCAAGAAUCUCAGUGCUGGUGAAUGGAAGACCAGAAUGA